AUGGGCGGAAACAACGGCCUGCACGAGAGCAACACCCGUUGCCUGGAGGCGUAUUUUGGCUGGAGCGGGUACCUCAUCGAGGCAAACCCGCAGCUGUAUCGGGACUUGUGCCGCAACCGCCCAAAGGCGGUUGGGAUGAGCCUUGCCGUAUGUCCACGCGCAGGGACGGUGAAUCUCACCAUACCUGUGCGCCACAAGGACCGUUACGGACGCAAGAACGGCACGUUUGCAGCGGCACCAGCUGCGGGGAUUGCUGAGUACUUUGGCCGUGCGCACAAUGCGACCUUCCGCGUCGACGAUGCCGCAGUCACGCGGCAGGUCCCAUGCCUGCCCCUCCACUCAAUCAUCUUGGGCAACCAGGGCCUGGACUACCUUAGCGUCGACGUGGAGGGCGCGGAGAUGAUGGCACUGCAAACCUUCCCGUGGGAGCGCAUCAAGCCUCGAGUCGUCGGCGUGGAGCAGAGCGCCGAUUCUCAACCAAAGAACGCGGCAGUCAGAGGCCUGCUGAGGGAGAAUGGCUACGCGCUGGUGGGAACGGCGGUGACUUGGAACGGCCACAUUGGAGACGAGUUCUUCAUGCCCCGCGCGCUCGUCGGGCGAGGCUCGCUCGAAAGAAUUGACACGUUUCAGCGCGGGCUGCAGGUGGACCCGUCGAACGCGCAGAUGACACAGGCGCUGCAAGACGUGUCGGCCAAGCUUGCCGCUGCGCAGGCGCUCCACGAGGCUGCGGCCGCCGGCGACGCGCAGGCCGUCGGCGCCACGCUGCAGUCGCGAGUCCACCCGGAGGGGUUCGUUGGACCGGACGGGGCGACGCCGCUGAUCGCCGCGGCACGCGCGGGCUGCGCCGGUGCGCUCCUCGACGCCGGCGCGCGGCCCGAGGCGCGUACGCACGCCGGCGAGACCGCGGCAGCCAUCGCCCGCCGGCUGGGCCACGAGGAGACGGACGGGAACGCUGCCUUCCGCGAGGCGCGGUACGCCGAGGCGGUGAGGCUCUACUCGGCCGCGGUGGAGCUCGAGCCGGAGAACGGCGUCCUCUUCUCGAACCGCUCGGGCGCGCUCACCGCCCUCGCCUCGUACGACCUCGCCCUCGCCGACGCCGACCGCUGCACCGCCCUGCGGCCCGACUGGCCAAAGGGCUUCGCGCGCCGCGCCGCGGCGCUGCACGGCCUCCGCCGCUUCGCGCUGGCGGUGAACGCGUACGACGCCGCCCUCGCCCUCGACCCGUCCGACGGCAUCCUCGUCACGGCGCGUCGCCAGUCGAGUUUCGCCCUCGCGAUCGAGACGUGA